UGGAGUCAUGGGUGGGGUGGUUGCUUCUUCUAUGUUUCCAUAUGUUAUUCUUUCACUUCUCAUUCUCCCAUUCCUUAUGUCAUCCUCACGAUAAUAUUGCCUUGCUCCAAUUCAAAACCUCUCUCAAUUUUUCUGAUAGCUAUUAUUUCAAUUGUGGUAAUGUUGAUCCAAAGAUAGCAACUUGGGAAAAUGGAACACAAUGUUGUUCAUGGGUUGGGGUUACUUGUCAUCCCAUUUCUGGUCGUGUCAUAGGCCUCGACGUCUCAUGUAGUGGUCUUUACGGUGAAAUCCUUCCAAACAAUACCUUUUUCUAUCUUUCUCAUCUCCAAUCACUUAAUCUUGCUUUCAAUUAUAUCGACUUUCAACUUUCAUCUCUUUUUGGUGGAUUUGUGAGUCUCACACACCUCAAUUUGUCUUCUUGUGGUUUUAAAGGUGAAAUUCCUUCCCAAAUCUCACAACUUUCCAAAUUGGAAUCACUUGAUCUCUCUCAUAAUUUUAUGUUAAGGUGGAAAGAAAACAAUUGGAAGAAGUUCCUCCAAAACACAACAUUUUUAAAGGAGCUUAUUUUGGAUGAUGUAGACAUGACUUUAAGUUUGAUGAGUCCGCUCAACCUGUCUACCUCUUUGGUCGGUCUUAGUCUCAGUUCCACUCAUAUUCGAGGAAGCUUUAAAAAUGACAUCUUAUGCUUACCAAAACUUCAACAGUUGGACUUGUCAGAUAAUUACGGCCUCAAUGGCCGCCAUCAUCUUCCCAGCUUGAGUUGUAGUGCUGCUUCUCUCACUAUAUUAGAUCUUUCAUCUAAUGACUUUGAGGGGUCAAUCCCUACGUCUUUCUCAAACCUUACGCAUCUUACUGUCCUUGAUCUCUCAUAUAACAUCUAUCUCAACGGUUCAAUUCCCUCCUCCCUCUUAAUCUUUCCCAGUCUAACUCUUUUGGAUCUUCAAUUUAAUCAAUUCAGUGGCCAAAUCCCAAAUGUCUUUCCCCAGGCAAACAGUUUUGAAAAACUAGAUUUGAGUGAUAACAAUAUAGAAGGAGAGCUACCAUCAACACUUUCAAAUCUCCAAUGGCUUGUUUUCUUGGAUCUUUCAAUGAAUAAAUUGAGUGGUCAAAUUCCAUUGUCAAUUCUAAAUCUUCAAUAUCUUGUUUUCUUAGAUCUUUCACAUAAUAGAUUGGAGGGUCCUAUGCCUAACAAAAUAAUAAGUCUUUCAAACCUAACUCGGUUAUACUUGAAUGACAACUUACUAAAUGAAACAAUUCCUGUUUGGUGUUUAUCUUUGCCAUAUUUGCUAGAGCUAGAUCUAUCAGAUAAUCAGUUCACAGGACAUAUAAGUGCUAUGGUGUCACAGUCCUUUGAAUUUCUGUAUUUGUGCAACAACAAGCUACAGGGCAAUAUUCCACAAUCAAUCUUCACUAUUGUAAAUCUUGGUCAAUUAUGUUUAUCAUCAAACAACUUUAGUGGUUUUCACAACGUCAAUUACAAUUUCCCCAGGUUAGAGAGAUUGUAUUUAUCUUCUUUAGGUCUGACUGAGUUUCCAAAAUUGGCAGGAAAAGUCCCAAGGUUGAUAGAACUUGAUCUAUCCAACAACAAAUUGAAUGGAACAGUUCCCAAGUGGUUACAUGAAAUCGAUUCAUUAGGUUAUUUAUACCUAUCCCAAAACUUGUUGACGACUCCAAUGAAGCAAUUCUCAAGGAACUACAACCUUCAAUUCCUUGAUCUUAGCUUCAAUUUACUCACUGGCGACAUCUCUUCCUCCAUUUGUAAUGUAAGUUCACUUGAGAGUCUUGUCUUGUCUCACAAUAAGUUGGUAGGUGUCAUUCCACCAUGCCUUGCAAACUUGUCUUCCCUUGCUAUUUUGGAUUUACAAAGGAACAAACUAAAUGGCACAUUACCAAGUAAUUUCUCAAUGAAUAGUUUUCUCACCGUUAUGAAUCUCAAUGACAACCAAUUAGAAGGUAUUUUGCCAAAAUCUUUGUCAAAUUGCACACUAUUGGUGGUCUUGAAUCUUGCCAACAAUCAAAUUGAGGACAAAUUUCCUGACUGGCUUCAAACUCUACCAAUGUUGACAAUAUUGGUAUUGCGUGCCAACAAAUUGUACGGUCCCCUUCCAAGUUUAAAGAUGAAACAUGGAUUUUCAAGUUUACUAAUUUUUGAUAUCUCAUCAAACUACUUCAAUGGUUCAAUACCAAAAACCUAUAUACAAAAUUUUCAAGCCAUGAAGAAUGUUAUUCGUUACGAAGUGGGCGAGCUAUGCAUACGACCUUACAGUAGAUCUGUAACUGAAUUUGCAACCGUAACAACAAAAGCCACAAACAUGACAUUCAAAAAAUUUCCAAAAAACUUUAUAAACAUUGAUUUAUCCAGAAACAAAUUUGAAGGAGAGAUUCCAUAUGAAAUUGGAGAGCUUCAUGCUCUUAGAGGACUCAACUUUUCCCAUAAUAGACUCAGUGGUUCUAUUCCCCAAUCCAUUGGAAAUUUGACAAAUUUGGAAUCAUUGGAUCUCUCCUCAAAUAUAUUGAUUGGUAGGAUACCCUUUGUAUUAACCAAUUUGAACUUUCUUGAAGUCCUGAAUCUUUCCUAUAAUCAUCUUGUUGGAGAAAUACCUGAAGGAAAACAGUUCAACACUUUUGAAAAUAACUCCUACAUUGGAAACUCAGGACUAUGUGGGUUCCCAUUGUCAAAGAAAUGCAACAACACUAAACAACAAUCUUCAUCUUUGUUAGCAAAAUGAUGAAGAUGAAGUUUUGAUGAUGUCCAAAUCAAGUCAAGAGAAAUCAAGAUUCAAGAUGUUAUGAAGACUUGUAUUGCUAUGGAAAGCUUUUGUAAUAAUUAUGGUUUAGUAUCUAGGACUUAGAUAGUUAGUAGUUUUAUGUAUGCAUUCAAAAGUGAUGUAAAAAUAAGCCAAACAGCAAAAACUGUGCAGUGCUAAUCGAUUAACAGAGGGUGUUAAUCGAUUGUUCCAGUGCGCCGUGAAGAAGCCCAGCAUUGCAGUGUUAAUCGAUUAACAGAGGGUGUUAAUCGAUUAACGUUAAUCGAUUAACAAGGGCUGUUAAUCGAUUAACACAGGAGCCGUUUGAAAAACUAGCCGUUUUAAGAGCCGUUGGACUAUCCGUUGGAGUGCUAAUCGAUUAACCACUGUAGCUAAUCGAUUAACACAGUGUGAAAGGCUGAAAACGAAAAAUGGAAGAGUCUUUGGAUGAGUCUAUAAAUAGACUCUCAUUUUCUCUCAAGAACAUGAUCCAGGAACUGGAGAAACUCUUCCCUUGUGCUCAAAUACUCAGAAACUCUUGAGAAUUGUGUGCUCUUGCUCAGCUAAGGAAACUCUGUCUGUAGAGUUGGUGAUAUACUGCUACGGUGAUAGAGGAAUAGCUGGUUCAUCCUUGGUGUGUCUAAGGAGGUGUCUGGAAGAGGAAGUUCAUCCUUCGUGAAGUAUUCGGAGGAGGUGUUCAUCCUUCGUGAAGUAUUCGGAGGAAGUGUUUCAUCCUUUGUGAAGAUUCAAAGGAGGUGUUGUCUCAUCUCUUGUGGCAUCAAGAGAGGUGGUUUCUAAACUUUUACAAAUUGUAUCUUUGUGAUUGUAGUUUGUAAUUGUUUUGUGUUA